UCGAAGCGAGCAAAAGCCCCAAAGCAGAGAGUCAUCGGGUCGACCGACACGGAAUCGGGUCCCUGCUGAAAGUGUGGCAACGAUUUUUCCCAUCCAGCACGGAACUUCAGGUCCUAACCCAAUUCCAGGAUUGUCGCGCCGCAUCCCACGCCAAACGGGACCGAAGUGGGAAUAUCGAAGAGCGGUCCAUCGAGAAGCUGUAUAUGCCAUUUCAGUCUGUGUGGUACCCCUCCGUAGUGUGUCGACCGAGUGCCUGCAACCGAUGAACCCAUUUUCCGGACAAGCACACGGCGGCUAAACGAAUGUAGCGAAUUCAGUGAGCUGGUUCGUAGCGGCGAGUUCGGGUGCAAAACAAAAGCGCAACGAAAAGCGAAACGACGAGGCCAAAUCCCAAAUUUGCUGCUCUGGCCUGGCGAUUAUGUGAAUCGUUUUCUUGUGGCAGUCGUGUGCGUGUGCGGUCCGUGCGAGUGUGGUUGUGUAUGUGAGUGGGGUACGUACGUGCGUGCGUGCAUCGCGUGUGUGUGCAUGUGCUCGAGUGUGUGCCCAAGGCGGAAGGGUGGCGCAGUGGUUGAGCACGGGGCAAUAGUGGUUUCUGUGAUUUUCCGUUUAACGUGAAAAUUGUGUCAACCAGUCCGAGUCAGCGCAACCUCCGUCGGCGGUGGGAUUAGCGCAGAGCCCCCCGAGAGUACACACCGUGCAUGGCGGUGGGCCUCGCAAGGUUUUUGCCCCGAGUCUUGGAAGGAAAAUAUUUCCACACACAAACCGUUCGGCGGUGAACCACAACAAAAAGAACCGCGGCGGAAAAGAGUCGCAUCGAUACCCGUCAAGUAGGCCGCGAGGUGUUCAAGCCAGAGCAUUGUUCUCGUCGUACCGUCGAGUGUGUUGGGCGUAGAAUCGGAGUGAUAGAUAGCGGCUUCGGUGGCGGCGGCGGAUAUCGUGUGCAUCGAUCCCUUCCGUCCGGUGUGCGGCCUGUUUCUUCUUCACCGAGCAGCGCCAUAACUGCCCCGCCUGUGCUUGGAGGACGGCUUCGGAAGUGAAAAAUAAUGAGUCGCCAUGAAGGGGUUAGCUGUGAUUCAUGUCUGAAAAGUAACUUCCGCGGCAGACGGUACAAGUGUCUGAUCUGCUAUGACUACGAUCUGUGCGCGAACUGCUACGAGGAGGGCGCCACGACCACUCGCCACUCGGCCGACCACCCGAUGCAGUGCAUACUUACGCAGUCGGACUUCGAGCUGUACUACGGCGGCGAGGUGCUGCCACCCGACCAGCCCCAGUCCUUCACCUGUCCGUACUGCAAGCGUAUGGGUUUGAGCGAUGCCGCGCUCCUGGAACACGUCAGUGCCGAGCAUACCGACACCGGACUGGAGGUUGUCUGUCCGGUGUGCGCCGCCUUGCCCGGUGGCGAACCGAACUUCGUAACGGAUGACUUUGCCCGCCAUCUAAGCCUCGAGCAUCGCAGCGGAUCCCGCGAUCUCAUCUCGUUUCUGGAUGAACCAUCAGCGAUCCGUCAUGGGGGAGUACGACGGAUGCCGCACUCGGGUCGAGCGCUCGGUGGACCACGCUCACGCCGCUCGAACAUGCACUUCAGCUCAUCCGGCGGCGGCCUGUCGACGCUGUCACCAUCGGGCCGCGAAUCGGUCGAUCCGAUCGCGGAACUGUUGCAGCAGCUGUCUAACGUUCGGCGUGGCGGAGCCCCUCAACCUUCCCAGCUGCAGCAGCUGCACAUGCAGAUUCAGCUCGAACGGCAGCAAGUCACUGCCGCCCGUCAACAGUUGGAGCGGCUACCAAGACGACAGCAGCAGCCGACGGUCGUCUCGACCGCCCCGAGCGGUGCAACCGGUGUCAACAACAAUGCGAUAGGCAGCAGCCAGGCCAACUCGAACCACACAAUCAUCACACUGAAUGCCGGUGGGCGCGAUGCACCGAUCACUGCAGCGUCCUCGUCGUCGAUGCCGGUACCGAUCGGUCUGGUCGGUGUUAGCAACAUCCUCGGCCCGAUCGGUGGUUCCGGUGGACCCGCGACCGGAUCGAGCUCGCAGCAGCAGCAGCAACAGCAACAGCAGCAAUCGCAGUUCUUGAUGGCACGCUUCAUGGCACCAACCAUGGAUGAGGCCGAGCAAGCGCAGCUGGAGCGUGAUCGAGCUGACAGAUCGCAAUUUGUGCAAGCUUUAAUGUUAUCAACCAUCGCAAACAUUCAAUCGUUCAAUAAGAGCAGCAGCACCGCCGCCGCCGACGAAGAAUUGUCCGAUGAGUUGAGUUCAUUGAAUUUAGGCGUUGGAAAUACUAGUAGUACCGUUAACAAUAGUGUAAGGAGGUCUCAGCCGCUAGUGGACGACGGUGGCGAGGAGGGAGGACUGGACGGUGACGGAGGCGGUACUGGUGGUGCUACGACGGCUGAAUCCGGCAACUAUGGCGGCGAGAAGGAGGACGGUGGUGGUGGCAAUUGUGAUAGUUUCAAGCUUGGUGCCGAUUCGCAAGGACGGGCCGGGCAGCAGCAGCAGCAGCAUGGAUCCACUGGCGGUGGCAAACCCGGCAAAGGUCAGCCAUCUGCCAAGCCCGGUGCUGGAGGUGGCGGCGGAGGGGCCGUUGAGCGCAGGACGUCAUCACGCCAAACGCCUCCCUCGUCCGGUGGGGGAAAUGCUGCCAAAGCGCGCGAAAUGAAACAAGCGAACGCUGCGUCCAAUACUUCCUCGUCGGUGUCCUCGAGACAGCACCACGUGCCAGACCCCAGGUAGUGUUUGGUCGUCGAAAUGAUGGUAUAAAUUAUUUAGCAAGAGAGAGAGAGAGAGCGAGGGGGAGGAAGCGAGAAAGCCAACAGCAGCAGCAGCACCAGCAGCAGUAGCGUACGCAAACACAACAAUAUCUAUCCGUUUCCUAAUCGAAUGCAGAAUGAGGCCAGCAGCAAAGCAAAGGGAAGCAAAGGGAUUCGGUCUUCCAAGCGGAAGCCGAUCGAUAGGAAUGUGGAUGGAUGCUGCCGUGUCCUUCGUGUGUAUGCGUGUGUGUGUGUGUGUGCGUGUGGUAAUGGAAACAGCGCUCAGCUCAUUGACCCCUUUGUCUCCCACCCCGCUUGCCUCGUUGUCGCCUUGGAUCGAGGGAUAAAAAUGCAACACAAAAAGAAAGCAUAAAAAGUAAAAUAAAACGUAAAAAUUAUUAUGUGUGAUCAGCAAAAACAAAAACCAACUAAGUAAAGCCCAGCGGAGUGGAUAGAUUGUCUCUAUAUUCGGAACACGGCACAGCAGAGCAAGCACACCAAGGGGCGCCUCGCCAUUCCCUGCGAAGGGAGCUUCUUACCGCUCUCACUGUGAGGAAUGUGUAUUUCGUGGUAAAACUGCGGUUGGGAACGCGAAACUAAACAAAGUCACGCUACAAAAAAGAAGAAAUAGUAAUCGAGCAUACAAAAAAGCAACCACUAAUUAUAAAUAUCUUGUAAUAAGAAGAAAUGAACACAAAAAUAAGAAAUGAUUUCUGGAAACAGCAUCACGGUUUGGAAUCCUUUAUAAUCUUGCGAGUCGAAUCACUGCACCACCCAAACAUACAGUCACACCAUUGAAGUUUAAGCACUCAUACAGAAGAUAGAGGAUGCGACAGGUUGUGUGGAAACUUUUGGAACCGCUGAGAAACGGCAAGGUGUCGAAACAAUUAGCAUUCACACACAACUCACUUCCGGGCUGUGCCCGAAGCGAGAUGGUCGUUUCGUGCAUGUGCAUCUUGUGAGUGGCCUCUCGAGACGAUCGUGAUCCAGUGGGAUGCAGGCGUGCUUUGAGGCAUUUCCGUGUACCUGGUUCAAAAUCCAAUAUUCUAGCCAAGAAUAAUUGUUGUUUUGCACUUAUUUGGUUCAACAAAUGUGACCCAAUCAAAACGAUCGUUGAAGCUUUUGGCCCUUAGUUCUCAUAUGAGAGAUCGGUUUGUUCGAAUACAUAACCGGUUGACCACUGGUUGACGCGGCCUGCACAUCGCUAACGCUAUCGAUAGCCACGUUCAGGCAAUGGUUUAUGUUUUUGUGUGUGUUAAAAGUUUUUUUUCAAUUGCACCGGACCUUGCGUUACCGGUGGAUUGGCCUUGAGGACCGUGAGUGGGAAAAACAAUGUAAACUAAUCAUUAUUCGUUAACCAACAACAUCGUACGAUCCAGAUGCACCGUUGCCAAUUUGAGAAACCAUAUAAACAUAGACGUAGGGAAGCAAGGCGGCUCCGCAAAAGGGGAAAAAGGAUUUGGAGCAUUUUGAAGACAGGCCAACGACGACGUCUGCAUGGUCGGCGUGGGACAUGUUUAGACACACUGAGAGACACCGGAGAGGGAACACGAUCAGGAGCGAUAAAAAUGAAUGUACGUGAUCGAGCGAUAGGAAAGGAACGGCGAGAGCUGGGCGCGAGUAUAAAGAGGCCAUAGUCGCCGUGCAAAUCCAUAGUCGUUUGUUGUUUAUUUUCAUAUUCAGUUAGGGGAUACUAUUCUUCAUAAGCGCAUGCACGCAUGCAGAAAUUGUCAAGCAGCUUGAGAAGCUAGGCAUUAACCGAUUGUACGAUCCUAUUCUAGUUUUUUAAAUAUUGCUUCUUACGUUUUUUAAACAUUUAUUACAAUUGAAGCGUUGCUUUACCUCCAACACGAUGCCGCCAUCGGCAGUUUGUGAGACUAACCUGUGAAAAUUUAAACAAAAAACACCGCCACCAUUCAGACACAGCAGCAGCGUACCCAGCUUAGCUCAUCAGAAUUGUCUAGUGUACAUUUUUCUUUACCGCCAAUUGGAAACAUAUCUGUUAAUCGUUUUGUUUAUGAUUUGAAUCAAGAGUUUACGGUCGAAACCCGUAGAGUUCUUUUUGUUUUUGGGUUACCUUUUCAUUACGAACGAAUUUUCAUCGCCCGCUACCCUUAAACAUGAUUCUGAAAAAAUAUAUUUAUCUAGCGCUUGUAUAGAAAUUUAAAUUUUAAAAACAAUCGAUAAUUACUGAAAAAACAACAACAAAAUAAUAAU